AUGAAUAGAAACGCACGACAAAUUGUUCCUAUGACCAAGAUAUUUCAAGAUGGUGCUAAAGCAACCUCUGGAAGUAGACGAUCCAGUAUAAGACUGAGUGAGACGAUGUGUUGCGGGGUUCCAAGUGAUCCCAUUACCAAGAGGGGAAGAACGAUACAAGUCGUACGGAUGAUGCUUCUGGUAGUCCUGCCUAUCAUUGUAUUGGCCUCACAAACGUUUGUCAUUAUGCUUGAUGGAUUUAAUGAUAAAGCUAACAAAGAUAGCGUUCGUGGUAAUGUCGUGUUCUCAACAGAAACUGGUCAAGUCGUCCAUCUGUUACAACUUGAGCGAGGGAUUUCGGUUUUCUUCCUGAGCUCUAACAAAAGUACUUCUCUGAGUGAACGACUGAUGUCAACAUAUCGUGAAACCGAUGCGGGUUUGGAUCAUCAUUUAAGGGGACAGUCCUGGCUAUCGUCAUCUUCAACGGAUCACUUUAAAAAUGUCGAAGCUCUGCAGUCCUAUAUUCAAAGCUUCAGGGCACGAGUGGCAAUCGACAAGAAUGUUACCAUUACAGAUACCAUCGCAUUUUAUUCGAAUAUCAUCGACGAAUUGCUGAAGUGGGUCGGGAUAAGUGUAAACGCGACAAAGGACGCACCGAUUUGGAAAACGCUGGUUGCCUACCACAUGUUAGUGUUAAGCAAAGAACAAACUGGAGUGGAGAGGGCUUUAGGAUCUUCUUAUUUUGCAGCUGGUGGAUUUGACAAGGAACGACUUCUUUCAUACGUGAAAAAGAAAGAGAUGGCCGCAACAUAUUUUAAAACGUGCACAGAAUAUUAUCCCCUCGUUGCCUCUCGAUUUGAGCAGCAAUUUAUGAAAACGACAGCUGCAAUUGAAAUAGCAUCCAUGAGAAAAGACAUAACUUUAAGCAAUAUUACUGGACCGCGUGUACAGAUGGGAACAUACUGGUUCCAAAAUAUGACUAAGUUAAUCAAUUAUCUCGGGAUCAUUCAAGAUGAUCUUGCGCACGAGAUAGUUGUAACAUUAGAAAAGGAAGCGAAAGACUCUAUCACUACAAUAGUCGUCAAUGUCCUCAUCCUCAUCGGAAUUUGCAUUCUAUGCCCGACUGUUUUAUUAUUGAUUCACAAAAUGACAGUCGACAUUCAAAACGUCGCCUCAGUUUUAAAAGAGAAAACAGAAGACCUGAGCGCAGAGAGAAGAGUAACCGACUUUAUGUUGUAUCGAAUGCUGCCAAGAACAGUCGCUGAUAGAUUGAAAAAUCACCAGCCGAUCAAGCCUGAAAGUUUCGACCAUUGCACGAUUUACUUUGGUAGUAUUGUUGGUUUCAAAGAUAUCGCAGCUCAUAGUACAGCCCACCAGGUGAUAGUUAUGCUGAAUAAGCUACACCAGACAUUGGACGCAAAGAUGGAAAUGUAUGAUGUUUAUAAGGUUGACACUAUAGGGGAUGCAUCAUUUAUGGUGGCAUCUGGAGUUCCAGAGCUCAAUGCGGUAAACCACGUAACGGAGAUUGCUACAAUGGCGCUUACCCUCGUCGACUCCGUUGCUAACAUAGUAGUGCCGCAUAUGGUGGACAGACAUCUUGUACUACGGAGUGGUUUUCAUUCAGGGGCAUGUGUUGCUGGAGUGGUAGGCUUCAAGAUGCCUCGCUAUUGUUUGUUUGGAGAUACCGUCACAACUGCGUCCCUCAUGGAGUCCACGGGUAAAGCUUCGAAGAUUCAGAUUAGUGAAGCAGCGUUUGUACUCUUGCGAUCCAACAACAUGUAUGUAUUACAAGCAAGGAAAGAAACUCAUUUUGAGGGGUCGAAUCUCAAAACAUGGUGGUUGAUCUCGAAAGAAGGAUUUGUCAGUCAAAGUGAUGUUACAACUUCGUUUAUGGACGUUUCCGGUAUGCUUCAACAAGUGAAAGACUGA